UGUAACCGUCCACGUUUCAGGCUACUCCUGCUCGUCCCUCUUUGUCCGAUGGCGAGAGAGCAGGCCACGGCAAAUUAUGGCACAAUUCGCGUUUUUCCCCACUAAUUCGAGUUAAAUGUUGGACCAGCGAGCAUACGCCGUGCGAGCGAGGACCGGUUUGCCGGCCGUGACCCGCCGCGGAGUUUGAAUAUUAAACGGAACGAGCGGCGUGAGCAACGGAGAAAGGUAGUGUUAGCUAAAUGGCUGCCGAAUCGGGGAGACUACUGGCGGGACAUGGAAAACGAGGCAAAGCCUCACAAAUGAAGAGUCCAGAGAAGAAGAAGGCGAGGAAGUCCACGUCACAGGCGGCGGGGUUCUCGCACCUCACAGAGUUUGCACCCCCUCCCACGCCAAUGGUGGACCACCUGGUGGCCUCCAACCCUUUUGACGAUGAUUUCGGCCCGCCAUCUCGACCCAGUGGAGGGGGCGCGCCAGGCAGCGCCCCGUUCCUUCCCAGUCCAGGUGCAGGUGGAGGGAGCGGCUAUGGCGGCACGGGCCGAAUGGGCGGCGGCGGCAUGGGUUUCAUGGGGGGACCGGGCGCAGGGCAGCCUGGACCAGGACGCAGACCGCCGUUUGGACCGCCGUCCAACGCUGGACCGCCGCACCACCAGCUGGGUUUUGGGGGGAUGCCUGGCUUUGGAGGAGGGGGCGGGAGCGGCGGUGGGGGAGGAGGUGGAGGCGGUGGGUUCCCUCCCGGGGGCCCGUCUCAGUUCAAUAUACCACCAAACUUUAGUCCCCCCAUGCACCCUGGGUCAGGCUUUAACCCCAUGUUGUCUCCAGGCGGUAUGGGAGGUCCUGGAGGAGGUGGUCCACCCCACCCUCGAUUUGGCAUGCCCCCACAACAGCAACAUGGACAAGGUGGGCACCCGUUCAACAGCCCUCCGUUACCUGGUGGAGGCGGCCCCAGAGGGCCCCCGCAUGGCCCCAUGCCUCCAAUGGGUGGCAUGGGGCCUGGCCAGGGGAUGAACAUGAUGAGUGGGAUGGGUGGUGGUCCCGGAGGCAACAUGUUGGGGGGCUUGCCAGGUAUGCCUCCUCAAGGACAAUUCCCCCCCUCACAGGAUGGCCCCUAUCCUGGUCCCAGCCCACCGGGACCCGGCAAUGAGGAUGGAAAGAACUUUGGGGGAGGAGGACCUCCAUCUGGGCCUCAACAGCAGCUUAAUUUAAACCCCAACGGGCCCCCACCUCCUAAUAACACCACCCCCGGCCCUCCUCCUAACUCUGGUCCAUCACAGCCUGGAGGAGACUUCCCCGGCCACCCUGACAUGCAGCAGUCUAAUGCCAACACACCUGGCCAGCCGCCCUCGGCGCAGCCCCAGCCCAAUCCCAACUCCUCCCCCAGCGGCCCCCUGAAUGGGUCAGGUCAGCCCCAGCACCCGACCCCCAACAAUGCCAACACCCCCAACUCGAACAACUCCGCCCAGCAACAGCAACAGUCAACUCCGCCCAACUCAGCCCCAGGCUCCGUCUCUCACAACCAGCAGAACAACACCCCCGGUACCGGCGGUCCCAUGGCCAACGCGGCCCCCAAUUCGGGUCAGAACAACAUGAGCAACAACAACAACGGAGGCAGCACACCUAGUAACAACCCCAACCCGCCCUCCAACUCCACCUCCACCCCCAACACCCAGUCCCCCUUGCCCCCGGGCCCGUCCGCCCCCUCGACCGGGCCCGGCUCCGGUCCGGGGAAGCUAGGCGGCCCCGGCAUGGUGUUCCCCUGCGGCCUGUGUAUGUCUGAGGUGCACGACGACCAGGAUGCCAUCCUGUGCGAGGCUUCGUGCCAGCGCUGGUUCCACCGUGACUGCACGGGCUUGACGGAACCCGCCUAUGGACUGCUGACCCGGGAGAGUGCCGCCGUGUGGGCCUGUGACUUCUGCAUCAAGACCAAGGACAUCCAGGCUGUUUUUGUGCGCCAAGGACUGGGCCAGCUGGUGGCCGUCAACGAGAGCUGAGGAUUCCGGGGAAGAAUUAAAAAAACACUUGACGAGCCCUUUACUCGUUCACUGCAUAACCAUCACUUGACAUCCUUGCUUAUAUGUAAAAAUAGCACUUUGAGUGAAAUAAACACCCCUCCAAUACCACCACCACAGAAGAAGAAACAAUUAUGAAUGUUAACUGACACACACCUUUUCGGACAACCAGCACUGACACCAACACACUACCUCACACAUACUGACUGGCACACAAGCUCCCGCACUGAUUUAUAAUUGUUGACCACCCCACCACACAAUAAAAAUGUAUACAAAGUUCAGUUUGAGUCGCCCUAGAAUCCCCCUGCCCCCCACAUGUAUUUAUUGUUAACAUCACACAAAGAGUGCCUGAACUUGUCAAGGGUCUUUUUAAUCAUUAUGUGGUCGUCAGGACAUUAAACAAUCGCUGUACCCUCGUUACGUUGAAUCCAAAGCAGAAGCAGCGGGGUUUACGAGUUGUGUUCCUUCAUACCUCAUUAAGUAGAGCUCGGCAUUAAAUAAAAAAAAAAAAGCCGACUGGUGAACGAAACAAGGUUUUUAAAAAGGACAGCAUUCAAGUCAGGCAUUUGGUCCCUGAAUUGUAAACUCAGUGCUUUUCGGAUGUUGUUAUUCUUGGAAAGAGUGGCACAUCAAACAAUGCAGUAUCGGUCCCGUGUUGAUAUUCCCGCUUUCCCGGGGACACCAUAUGACAAAAGAAAAAAAAGUGCGGAAAAUUGUGUUUGUUGAUAUUGUCCCUUCAUGAUUCAAUGUCCAAGUUGCCUUUCUUUAUGAUUUCGUUUGGAUUCUGGACUCGGGAGCUUUUUGUACCAGCUGAUAUUUGUGCUGUGCGCUGCGCCUUCUUGCGACAGCUGGAGGCAUAACAUCUGAUUGGAGAAAAAAGGGGUGGCAGUGCGGUGUGUGGGAGAAGUGUUGAAAAUUGAAGUAAAGCCAAGGUUCUUUUUUUAUUUUUUUUUUGUACAUUUGUCCGAUUAUUUCCACAUGUCUUCUGGGGUUUAUAUUAAACUUAAGUAACGUAA